GCGUCUUUGGAAGUGACAGUCGUAAAUUUAUUUGUUAGAUCUGUAAGAAGAUGCCGUUUAAUUGCAGAACGAGGGCAGUGUUGGAAAUUGCUUUUUUACAUCUUUCACAGUGGCCUUUUCCAUUGGUUAAACUAACCUUGCUGUGCCCCAGCCUACUCACCCUUACAAGGAAACUAGUGUCACUUCCCUGCCCCGACAAGGUCCUGGCCGGAGCCACAAGUUUCUACUCGUGCCAGCUCUGAGCAGAAAAAUAGUUCAGCGCCCCUGUGAUCUGCUCCUCUGUUUUGGUAAGAUCUGCAAGCGAGAUUACGUCUCUAGGCUGCUUCCCUGACUCUCAGGCACGACCACCAGGAGAUCAAAAUACAUCCGAGAAGCAAAAUGAGAGCAUUUCCUCUCCGCUCCCUGUGCCCUCAGUGCGAAACCAUAUGGGAAGCUAAUGGGGGAGCCGGGAGGGAACUGAGAGAGCCGUCUGCAGCUUGCCGGGGGAUGGCUCGGCUCCGAGGGCUGGCAGGGCUGGUUUGAAGGAGGAGAGAGACAAAGAGAAAAGGAAACGCGCUGCGGCCGGGCUGGGCGGACUCUCCUGCACCUCGUCGAGCGGAGCCGCCGCUGCGGGCCGCCCCGGGGAGCGGCCGCCGCCCAGAUACCAUCCGCGGGUAGCGGCGGCCCCAGCGAGCCGCGGCCCGGCCUGACUUCCUGGCUGUGCUUCAGUGGUGGGCACCCAAAUGUAGUCCUCUCUGCAUCACCGUCGUAGCAGUAAUGUGAAGUUUAAUGAGCACCUGCAAAAGUGUGUAGCAGGGAAGGAACUGCCAUGCCUGUGGGAAUCUUCCGGGUGUGCCUAGUGGUGAUUACAGCUAUUGUCAACCACCCGCUCCUCUUCCCCAAAGAGAAUGGCACCGUUCCUGAGAACACGGAGGAAAUCAUCCAGAAGAUGAAGGAGCGGGAGCAGAGCCUUCGGCUGGAGCAGUUGCGCCUGGAGCAGGAAAUCGCAGACCAAGAAGCCAGACAGAAGACCGUGGAAAAGGCUUCACAGGUGGUGGAGGAAGGCCCAGAGGAAAAGGUCCGAUGGGAUAUGUGGACUGCCCUUUCCAUGGUUAUCUUCCUGCUGAUUGAGCUCUGGAGGCAGGACUUCCAGGAAGGAAAUUGGCAGGACACAGGAGGAGAAGAAGAUGACAUGGCUGUCCUGGGGAAAGCAUUUAAAGGAGUGUCCUUCCCUGACAAGGCUGUCUUGGCCAGCUUCUACGAGAAGCGCAUCCUGGGUACCACUGGAGAUAUGGCCAGGAUGCGGGAGAUGGUGGAAGGCUUUGCAGAUGACCUGCUGGAGGCCUUAAGGAGUGUUUGUAACCGGGAUGCUGACAUGGAAGUGGAGGACUGCAUGGGUGUGGGGAGCAUGUAUGAGAACUGGCGAGUGCGCAAACCUUUUGUCUGUGAUCUGAUAGUGCCUUUUGCGCCUCCAGAGCCAUAUUGUUUUCGGUCGCAGAUUUGGUGCUCUGGCAACUCUUUCCCUCCAGAUGAACAAGGUUAUGGCACUAUCAAGGUGUGCAGGGCAGAUAAGGAUGUGGCAGGUUGCAUAUGCGACAAGACUAAACUAGGGGAAGAUAUGCUGUGCCUCCUUCAUAGCCAAGCCAAUACUACCAGACCCAGCAGUGAGAUGGAAGACCUCCUGUGCUUCAAAAAUACUCAAUAUCUAGAUUCUGACCAAGUCAUGAAGUGGUUCCAGAUUGCAGUUACCAAGGCAUGGAACAGAAUCUCCCACAAGUAUGAAUUUGACCUCUCCUUCAGCCUCCUGGACUUGCCAGGAGCCCUGAAGAUAAAAUUUAGAUCGGGAAAAUCAAUUGCCUUCAACCUUACCCCUGUGGUGCAGUAUGAGAACUCUGAUGUUUACUUCAUCUCUCAUUUCCCUCGCAGUGGUCUGGCAGCAGACCUUCCCUCCAGCACUCACUGGUUUCUCACCUUCGCAGUGUAUGAGAGGAGGUUCAUCCAACUGAUCUCCAAAACUCUACCUGCCAAUGCCUGCCACAUCAGCUGCCUUCAAAUCCUCUCCUUCCUCCAUGGGAAGCAGUGCAGCCUCACAGGUCCGAGCGGGCUCACCAACUACCAUCUGAAGACAGUGAUGCUGCAUCUCCUGCAGGCACGCCCCAGUCAGGACUGGGCCCCAGCAAAGUUGGAGGCUCGUCUACAGGACAUGCUGAAAUUUCUGGAGAAAUGUUUGCAUGAAAAGAAGCUCUACCACUUCUUCAUUGGCAAUGGGAAGGUACCGGAGGAGCUGGGCUUCCCCAUCGUAUUCCAGAGGGCUGAGCCUCUCAACCUUUUCCGUCCCUUCGUGCUGCACAGGGAUGUUUACAGGAAAACAGUGGACACAUUCCAAGAGAUGCUCAGGAACAUGUCUGCACUGAUAAAUGAGUAUACAGUGCACAUUCCUCAUGCACACACCAAUGGGAUCCAUAAGGAAUCCUUUUAACCAAAGCUGGCAGAAGAACACCUGCUCUUCUAUGCACAAGUCCUCAAGGCAGCUUUUUGAAGCUUCCUGGAGACAACUGACUUUGCCAGUACAACUUCUUGUCUGUAGCUGAACUGGUCCUGGGCUGUGGUUUCUUCAGUAGGGAAGAGGGGAUGGGAGAAGGAUAGUGAGAACCUGGAAGGUGUAGUAUAAAAGUAAGUUUCUGCUCCACUGGUGUGCUGGCUGGGGUAUAUGCAGCUAAGAAUAUAUUUUUCUAUUGUGCCUCAGUCACACUACUGUGGUGGUGGUGAACAACAAAUAUGACUAAUUUAUUUAAAUGCCUGCAAUCCAAGUGGUGCUGGCAGCAGUAUACUUAAUUCCCUUUGGAAAGGGGAGAUGAGAAAAGGGUAGAGGAAACAGAAACAGGACUUAAGGAUUGCAGGAGCCUGUCUGCUUGCAGACAGUAGAAGCUCUGUGACCUAUGCAAAGCACAACAUAAGACACAGUGCUGGUAUGUGGAACAGGAGGGUCAUGCACAAGAUCUGAAGUGGAGGGAGAUUUUUAAGUCAACCACAGCUCUUUAAUCAAAAGGGAACUCGUUAUUUUUAAAAAGUCUUCUUGAUAGGAUUUGUAGCAAUAAUUUAAAUGUCCUGUCCUGCAGAAAUACCUCUGCAAACUGCACAUCUCUUCUCCCUGAGGAUGCUGUAGCAGAGCAGGCAGCAGUGUCUGUGUCUUCAGACCAUUUAAUUCUAGUUUUCAGUUUUCUUGCUGGUAACAUGACUGCUGGGUUGUAUUCCUGGCCACUUUCCAUGGAUAAAUGGACAGGAACCUCUUUGCCAUAGAUAAAUCAGAGAAGCACCGUUACUGACUUCUGGCAUUUUUGUUUGUUUGUUUUCCUUACCUCCGGGCAGCAAGGCUGAGAGCAGCCAAGAAAGAAAAGACUACUACGGGCUUUGAUUUCCUAAAGAAGCAGUUGUCCAAAAUUGGCUUGUAAUGAAGCCAAUCUCAGCAGCCUGGUGGCAGGAGGGAACAGUCACUCUCCAGAUGAGAGUGUGACUCUCCCAGCAUGGUUUUGAUGAGGCCAAGGCCUGCAGAGUGGUUCUGAGCUAGAGCCAUCUUGCUAGGUGGUGCACGUGGUUAAAGAUGCACAUGUAGCAGGGCUUGGCAAUGCUGCAACUGCCUUGUGUUCUAUGAUACAUCCCUUCUGCUCCCAAAUAGCCAAGCAAAAGCUACCUGUUUGCCUCCAUGUAAUGUCUCAUCAGUCCUUUUGAGGACUGCUGCUCUGAAUGAGGCUCAGAGGAGAUGCUACUAGCAGACAGUAAUUUGCUAAGCUAAGGGUGUGAUGGGGAAGUGACAGCUUCUUUCAAGCCACAGGAGAAUCUCAAGGCAACAUGCUAAAAAACCUGAUGCAGAAAUGAUUCUUGAAGUCCCUCAGGAAGCUGGAUGUCAGUGCCACACCUACAGGGCUGCUCAGCCCUGGUGAGGGGUGGCUUUGUUGGAGGAGAGGGUUCAGCAGCUCCCCACCAUCUUUCAUGUACUUCAUACAGGAUCCAAGCUAGGGCCUCGAUUCAGAUCUGCUUUGUGCUGGUCCUGGAGGCCUGGCCUCCAGUGCUUAGGGCCCUUUCCUGCUGUAUUCAUACACUGGAAUUUCCUGCAGUGUUUUACACUAGAGCUUCUCUGAAUUCUGCUUACAAGAAGGUAGUUGUUCUGGGUGGUGAGACCCAUCACAGAUGACAUUAUUGUGACAGGUCCCUUUAUAUCAAUCCUCUCUAUCACAUGCAGCAGAGAGAAGAUUUAAUCCUGUAUCACUUCUAGGGACGGCAUUCAGCAUGGGGCUUAUUAUCGAGCCUAUUGGUAAGCAAACUCUCCACAGAUAUCUCCUAUCCUCCCACCUCCUGGUAAAAACCAUUUCACCAUCUCCUUGAUGUCUGCUCUCGUCUGCCCUCUCCACCAGUGCAGGACAUUUCAUGCACAAAGAGAAGGUUGUAACUCCCAUACCUGGUUUCAAAGCAAGCAGGUGGGGACAGGCAGCUCUGCUUGGACUGCGUAGCUUUUAUCAUCACAGCUAUGGGGUGGUUAGGGAAUAUUUCUGAGCAGAAAGUAUGGGAUAGGAAGCAAAAUGGGAGAGAAGAGGCUGGUGGGUAAUGCCCUGCAGUAGGAGAGAAUCUUGGAUCAUC